UUAGCCCUUUAUUGCCCAGCAUGUCCACAACCUGGAAUCAACUUGCCAACAUCUUGGAGAUAUGACUAUGAAAAGUGGUUAGUUAUAUGCAGAUAUGUGGUUGAUGGAAAUUUCACAGCACAACAUAUGCAUAUGAAAAUGAAAAUUCUGGAAGACAAUGUUUCCCUAGCAGAUGGAAAGGGAUACAUGGUAACAGAGGGACCUUAUCAAGCUCACAUCCAUGAUUCUAAAUCCACUUGCAGCAAUCAUUGGGCAGUGAAUGCAACAAAUAUCCAAAGAAGCAACCUUAGAGCUACAGGGGUUGGGGCAACAGCAUGUGCUAGGCAUGGAUGCUUUGUUCCUCACACAGUGGUGGACUUCCAAAAGGGAGAGUGGCACAUGAACAUGGACUAUUCCAUUUGCAAUGCAGUUAAAUAUACACCCGAACAUAUUGGCAGUAUGCUCAUCAUCUAUGAUGUUGCAUGUCAGUGGAGUAUUCACUUUGCUGAAUGGGUAGACCAAAGCUAUCAUCUGUCCCUUCCCAAGGGGACCAAAAUAUUACCUGCAGUUGGCAAGUUUCAUUUGAGCACACAUAAGCUUCAAUGCUUUCCU